ACCGUUUUUAUAUGUCUUUAAACAGUAGAUACCGUGAAAGAAAAUACAAUACAUCUGAUAAUGAUCGUUUAUUGAGAGCCUUAUCACAACCUGUACAAGCUUGGGACAAACAAUGGGCACCACUCUCGACAUCGAAAACCCUCCAGACAUAUAAAUGGGUCAAAUCUGAAAGAGCAAUUCAAUUUGAGCCAGACGAAGAAAGUGAAGAAGAGCCUGAACCUAUGGAGACAGAAUCAUCGACACUUGCUGAAUCAACAGAAAAUCAAAACAGCACAUUGUCUAAACAAGACACCAUUCCAGGUGGACCUAGUUCUCUUAUUACCAAUAAGGCUAUCUCUGCACUUCAACAAGACGAUGAUGAUGAUGAACAACGUUCACAAACACCUAAAUUAGAUGAUAUUUCUGACGAUGAAGAGAACAGAAACAAUGAAGAUGAAGAAGAUAAUGAUGUAGACAGUAUCAACGAUCCUUCCAAGCAUCCUGCCUUAGCACCUCAUGCUCAGGCGCGUAUGACAGAUGACGACUUGACGGAUUCUGCAGCUGCAACACCACAAACAGAAGGAACACCUAUGAUGGAAGAAGACAGCACAGCAACACAACCACAUCCUUUAAGUCAGGAAAUUUUGUCAGGCACUAUGCAAACAGAUGCCAUGGAUCAACAACCAUGAUCGUUUUUGAAUAAAGAAAAUGUCUAAAAACGCGUCUUUUUUUUUCUUUUUGAUUCACGCGC